AUGGCUGUCGUUUCACCAAAAAGUUCAAAGAGGAAAGCCUCAGAGGAGCCCGCUUCCCCGGACUCUCAGCCGCAGGCAAGCAAGAAAGCGCGCACUGAUUCCCCAGAAAAAGAAGAAGAUGGCCCAGCACUGAAGCCACCCCUGCGCAUUGUGCCGUUCCCCGAAAAGCCUGCUGUGCUGGAAGAGCGCCGAGGUGAUAUCGAGUUUCGCGUCGUCAACAACGAUGGUUCGCAUGACAGCUUCAUCGUCCUAACGGGUCUUAAGUGCAUCUUCCAGAAGCAACUCCCGAAGAUGCCCAAGGAUUAUAUCGCUCGCCUCGUAUAUGACCGGUCGCACCUAUCAAUUGCGAUUAUAAAGCACCCUCUUGAAGUUGUUGGAGGAAUCACAUAUCGACCUUUUAACAGUCGCAAAUUUGCGGAAAUUGUUUUUUGCGCCAUUUCCUCGGACCAGCAGGUCAAGGGAUAUGGAGCACAUUUGAUGUCUCAUUUGAAGGAUUAUGUCAAGGCAACCUCUCCCAUCAUGCACUUCCUUACCUAUGCGGAUAACUACGCCAUCGGAUAUUUCAAAAAACAAGGAUUUACCAAGGAAAUCACGCUUGACCGAUCUAUCUGGAUGGGUUACAUUAAGGAUUAUGAGGGUGGUACAAUCAUGCAGUGCACGAUGCUGCCCAAGAUUCGAUACCUGGAGAUGGGUAGGAUGCUACUAAAACAGAAGGAAGCUGUGCAGGCGAAGAUUCGAGCCUUCAGCCGUUCACAUAUUAUACAUCCCCCGCCCAAGGAGUGGAAGAAUGGAGUGAAUAAAAUUGAUCCUCUCUCUAUCCCGGCCAUCAAGGACUCUGGAUGGUCGCCUGACAUGGAUGAAAUGGCGCGCCAGCCUCGUCAUGGACCAAAUCACAACCAGCUUUUGCACUUAUUGAACGACAUGCAGAAUCACAGUGCUGCCUGGCCAUUCACACAACCAGUCAACCGAGAUGAAGUACCUGACUACUAUGAGGUGAUUCUCGAGCCGAUGGAUCUAUCUACCAUGGAGGAAAAGCAUGAGAAAGACAUGUACCCGACCCCACAAGAUUUCAUCAAAGAUGCGACGUUAAUUUUUACGAACUGUCGCCGGUAUAACAACGAGACGACACCAUAUGCCAAGAGUGCGACUAAACUUGAGCGGUUCAUGUAUCAGCAGAUCCGGGCUAUCCCGGAAUGGUCGCACUUGGCUGACAACAAUUGA